ACGGAAGCAGCAGAAGAAGAGGAGACAAUAGACCUGGAGACUUACAAGAGACUGCAGGCCGAAAGGAGGGCCCUGCUGCCUUCCUUUGUUGCUGCUGGGGGGCCCCCCAAGGCCUUGGAGACAGAGCAGCAGCUUGCUGCAGAAGGGUACGUGCGGCUGGGCAGCAGCAGCAGCAGCAGCAGCAGCAGCAGCAGCAACCACCCCGACCCCACGGGAGACCGCCCCAAGAAAAAGUCCAUCAACUUGUACGAAUAUGUUUACAUAGAAGCAGCAGCAACAGCAGCAGCAACAGCAGCAGCAGCAGCAGCAGCAGCAGCAGCAGCCCGCUGGCCUUCGGAGCACGAAGGAGUGGAGGGGACGGGGGCGCGCGCGGAGCCGCGGCGUGUCUGCUGCAGCAGCAGCAGCAGCAGCAGCGGGGCUUCUGCCGUGCCGCUGCAGCAGCAGCUGCUGCUGCUGCUGCUGCUGCGGCUUGCUGCUGCUGACAUGAAUGACUUAAAUGAUUCUAAGAGAGAGCUUUUCGGGGGCCCAGUACCCAACGGGGGGCCCCCCGGGUGGCCAAAGGAGUAG